UGUAGAUCAGGGGCCUGUUGCACAAAAGUAGAAUUAAGACAUCCGGGAUAAAUGACUCAGCUGAGCUCAAUGAAGCCAAAACAUGUGCGUCCAGGCUUAAUUGGUUGCACAAAGACCAAGCCAGGAUGAGCAGACACGGAUUCAUUAAGCCAGGUGAAACCAAUCCUGGAUAGGUGCGCGCUCACGGCUCACUCAAAUAGACCCCGCCACAGAUCACAGAUUAACUGAUUUACCAUGGCAACUAGAGCCGCGUACUUUUCCCCGUCGGAAGCACAAAUCCUCAUGGAGGCAUACGAGGAGGUAAAAGAUAUAAUUAAGAAGAAAGGCAACACCGCCACAGUGAUAAAGCAAAGAGAAAAAGCGUGGCAAAGUAUUGCAGACCGCCUGAAUGCGUAAGUAGUGCACAAUUACACACUCACCGCUCCGCUGAAACAUCACAAUUACAAUUCAAAUAUUUAAUUCACAUCUCCAAAAAUGCAGUUGUACUGUAAUUAUGAAACGGUUAAAUUUUUUAAUUGAAAUACAUUGCAGAUAUGAGUGAAAUUGUGUAAAGUAACUCCAUCACACUGUAUAAAGCUAUGAUACAUUUUUUGAUAUUUUUACUGAAAACAAGACAAAAAUACCAAGUAAUUUUUUGCAGUGUGACUCCAUUAAAUGUGUGUGUGUGUGUGUGUGUGUGUGUGUAGAUUAAACAUGAACGGGCCAAAACGGACAUGGCAGCAGGUCAAAAUCAAAUACAAGAACAUUCUGCAGAAUGCAGUGAAAAAGAAUACCCACAGACAAGGCACGGGUGGUGGGUCACCAAAGGCUGACCUUACCCCAGCAGAGGACAUGGCCUUGGAGCUAAAUAAAGGCAGGCCCGUCUUAGAGGGGAUCCCUGGGGGGAAAGAGACGAGCAUAGGUUCCUCCCAAGAUGCCACCCGCUUCAUUCAAGUGCCUGGCAGCACUGUGUUCCUGUUAGAGCCACCAGCACAAGCACCAGACGAUGCUGAUCCAGGUGAAGGCCCCAGUGCAGCAGCAACAGCACAUGAUGGAGACGAUGAUGAGGAGGAGACCAUCUCUCUGGAUUCCAGAAGGCAUGAGGACCCAGAUGCUAUACAGUGGGAAAACCAGCCUGGCAACAUAGUGCGUAUUAGUAAAAGGACACCACAUCCUGCCAAAUUCCAGCUGCGCUAAUUGUAUUGUGUUCACAGAGCUCACAAGCUAUCAGAAAGUUGUAUGGCAACCACCUCCGCGCCAAAUAGAACUGGCAGACAUAGACAUUCAGUACAAGAAGAAAAAGAUGGAAAAUCUUGCACUGGAGUCCGAAAUAAAAAAGAGGACAAUUAGGAAACUGGACCUGAAAUAAAAAAACUUGAGAGGGAGCUCCAAGAAGAUGACACAGCUCAAAAUAAAAAUUAGGUAUAUUCUCGUAAAGUCAAGUGAGCCAUGACAUAUGAGCUCUUAUUGUGAGCACACAGGACGGUGGCAUCUUUCUAAGGUUUUUUUAUUUUCCCAGCAAUCAGUACAACCAAGUCAUCGUUAUAAGGCAUCGCCCUCUUUUGCCCACCCCCCCAGCACCAGGUGUGGCCACUAGCCUAUAUGAAGGCCCAAAAUUGUGUGUUCCUUUCUGCUCUGACAAUGGCAUGCCCAUUCGUGCGAGAUGUGGUGGAUGAAGAAGCACUUGUGCUGAGGAGAGCCUUCAGGCGAGAAAGGGUCUUCAGGGACCGGUUGGACCCACUGGCCUUCCCUGAUGACCAUCUAUAUGAAAGAUACAGGUUUUCUGCAGAUGGCAUCAGGUAUCUAUGCAGACUACUGGGUCCCAGGAUUAAGCACCGCACUGCACGGAGCCAUGCACUGAGUGUGGAGCAAAUGGUUUGUGUAGCCUUGCGCUUUUUUGCUAGUGGAGCCUUCCUGUACUCAGUGGGGGAUGCUGAACAAGGCCCAAUUUGCCGCACAAUAAGGAGUGUGUGUCUGGCUAUCAAAGCAUUAGCAGAUGUCUUCAUCUCCUUCCCUGGCCACAGAAGACUCUGUGACAUCAAAGAGGAGUUCUAUAGGAUUGCAGGUUUCCCCAAUGUCAUUGGUGCAGUGGACUGCACACACAUAAGGAUAAAAGCCCCCUCAGGUGCCCAUGAGGCCGAUUUUGUGAAUAGGAAAUCCUUUCACAGCAUUAAUGUUCAGAUGGUCUGCAAUGCUGACUGUGUGAUCAGCAAUGUUGUGGCAAAAUGGCCUGGCUCAGUCCAUGACUCCAGAAUCUUUCGGGCCUCUGAAAUCUAUCAGUGCCUAUCACAAGGUGAAUUCUCUGGUGUGUUGCUGGGAGACAGGGGGUAUGGCUGCCAGCCUUUUCUCCUGACACCUUUCACAGACCCCAGGAAGCACAGCAGGCCUACAACCAUGCCCAUGCCAGGACCAGGGCCAGAGUUGAAAUGACCUUUGGCCUCCUGAAGGCACGCUUUCACUGCCUUCACAAAUUAAGGGUCAGCCCUGUUAGGGCAUGUGAUAUUACUGUGGCUUGUGCUGUCCUCCACAAUGUGGCCUGCCUGAGGAAGGAGAGGGCCCCCAGAGUGCCACCAGCCAUGGACUGGGACAAUCCGGCAAUCUUCCCUGAUGACGACAGUGGUCGGCUGCUGAGGGACCAAUAUGUGUUGAAUUAUUUUAGUUAGUAUGUGUGCUUUCAAUUUUGGUUAAAUAUGUCCUGCGGUGGCAGAGGAAUUUGGG